AUGACCGAUCUCGUCCUGCUGAUUCUGACCUUAUCUCUGGUGCAUUGUGACAGUCACUCCCUGCGGUAUUAUUACUCAGCGGUCACAGAUAAAGGAUCCAGUCUGCCCGAGUUCUCUAUAACUGCGUACGUGGAUGAGCAGCAGAUUAAUGUGUACAGCAGUGACAGCGGACAAUUCCUUCCUGUGGCUCCGUGGAUCCAUAAAGAGGGACCAGAGUACUGGGACAUACAGCUACAGAUUGCUAAAGCCACAGAACCCAUAUUCCGGAACAGUGUACAGAAAGCAAUGAGCCGCUUUAACCAGACCGGAGGUUUCCAUUCCUACCAGUGGAAGUCUGGCUGUGAACUGGGAGAUGACGGCAGCAUUGCUUGGUAUAGUCAGGUUGCAUACGAUGGAAGAGACUUCAGCUACUUGGACACUCAGAGAGGGAUCUAUGUCCCAGUCAUGUAUGAGGCGGAGAUUACUACACAGAGGUGGAACAGUCUGGAGAUCAGACUGGGGGAGAAAAGGAAGUAUUUUCUGGAGAUUGAUUGUGUCAAGUGGUUGAAGAAGUUCAUCGAAUAUGGAAAAGAAGAUCUGGAAAAAAGAGUGCGUCCAGAGGUGAAGGUGUGGGGCCGUUCUCAAUCAGAUGGGGUAACAAGACUUCAGUGCCUGGUGUACGGGUUUCACCCCCGAGCUGUGCAUGUGAAGUGGGUGAGGAAUGGAGUAGAUGAUGUUCCUUCAGAUGAAAUGAGUCCAAUUCUCCCCCAUCCUGACGGCACCUAUCAGAUCAGAGUAAGUGCGGAAGUACCAACAAGAGAGGUAGACACUUACUCCUGUCAUGUGGAUCACAGCAGUCUGGAGGAAAUUCUCACUGUGGAAUGGGAACCCAAGGUUGGGCUUCCAACUGGUUUGAUUGUUGUUGUUGCUGCUGCCGGCUGUCUUAUUUGUGUUGCUGUGUCUGUUAUUUUAAGACUCUGUGUACAGGACAACACAUCGCUCCACCGCUCCCAAGCGCCUGCCACCGGAGGCUUCCUACAGUACACUUGCGUCACCAGCCACCCAGAGGAUCACCCCACGGCCCUCCACCCAGGCACAACGCUGGCCGCACCUUCGUCGCUGAGAACCGUUCUUCAUUAUCUCCACGGAACGGUCUGUGGAGAUGUGUUCGCUGAUGAGGUCAGAGGAGCUAAUAGCUCAACGUUCUGA